CGUCACCGGCCGGAAGAGUCGGGCAGCCGAGCAGUUGCUGCAAGCGCCCGGCGCCUUGGCGGCUGCGUGUGAGCGCCGGUCGCGAGAUGCCACCCGUAGACGGUGCCGCGGCUGCCGAGUUGCAGGAGCCCGGGCCGCCGCCGCAGCCGCCGCCGGACGACGCGUCCCCGGGCGCUAGCGAGGAGCCUUUGGCCGCCGAGGUAGCGGGCGCGCCCGGCCCCGGCAGGUGUUGGUCCUGCCGUUCCUCGCCGGACGACUCGUGCACGGAGCCGGAAGCCAAGACGAAAGCACUCUGUCCUGGACUUGGCUUGUUUUACACAUUAUUGUCUGCCUUCCUUCUCUCAGUGGGAUCUUUAUUUGUUAAAAAACUACAGGAUAUCCAUGCUGUAGAAAUUAGUGCAUUUCGAUGUAUGUUUCAAAUGGUAUUCAUUCUUCCUUGCUUAAUAUAUAGAAAAACUGGGUUUAUAGGCCCAAAAAGUCAACGAAUCUUCCUCAUCUUCAGAGGAGUCUUUGGUUCUACCGCCAUGAUCCUUUUAUACUAUGCUUUUCAGGAAACGUCCCUCGCUGAUGCCACAGUUAUCACGUUUAGCAGUCCAGUGUUUACAUCUAUAUUUGCUUGGCUGUUUCUCAAGGAAAAAUAUAGCCCUUGGGAUGCUCUAUUCACCAUAUUCACAAUCACUGGAGUGAUCCUAAUUGUGAGACCACCAUUUUUGUUUGGUUCCAGCACAUCAGAGACGAAAGAAAGCUAUCCAAACCACCUCAAGGGAACGUUCGCGGCAAUUGGACAUGCCAUAUGUGCUGCACUCACUCUAGUUGUCCUGAGAAAAAUGGGAAAAUCUGUAGACUACUUUUUGACUGUUUGGUAUUACGUAAUAGUUGGCCUCAUCGAAAGCACCAUUGUCCUCUUUGUAUUAGGAGAAUGGAGUCUGCCUAACUGUGGGUUGGACAGGCUAUUUCUCAUAUUAAUCGGGCUGUUUGGUUUGGGGGGUCAAGUAUUUCUCACAAAGGCACUUCAAAUAGAAAAAGCAGGGCCAGUAGCAAUAAUGAAGACAAUGGAUGUAGUCUUUGCUUUUACUUUUCAGAUACUUUUCUUUCAUGACAUACCAACUUGGUGGACAGUGGGGGGCGCUCUUUGCGUAGUCGCCAGUAGUACUGGAGCCGCCGUUCGUAAAUGGUGCCAGAGUUCCAAAUAAAGCAUCAGUGCUGAAAUUUGUUUUUUCAAGGACACCAUUACCCAAUUCAGACACACACACACACACACACACACACACACACACACACACACACACUCACUCACACUCACACUCUCACAGGCCUGGAAAAUCUGUUUACUUCAUUGAUUAUAUUUAAUAAAUUUCAUGAUUAAAGUACCAUUUUUGAAUAUGAUAUGUCUUUAAGUAAUUUAGAAUAGCCAGUUUGGUCUAUUUUCUGUAGCUUCUGUUUUGGUUUUGGUUUGUUUUUUGAUGGGGUGCCAUUGGUGAGAGGAGAGCUCAUUAUUUGAAGUAAAAAGUGCAAAAAUAUUUUGUAACUUUAAUAUAAAUAUAUGUAAUAUUUUUUUCAGUGUAUUUUUGGUACUGAUGGGAUGUGGUGGGGAGAAAAAUUUAGAUGCUCUUUUAGCAGUGAGAGGCCCAGAAAGUUAUUGAUGAUAAUGCUGCUAUAAUUAGUAUUAUGUUGAUAAUGCAUUUGCAAAAUAAUUCCAUUUAGGAGGCCAAAGCUGAAAUUUGGAAUAGGGUCUACUUAUAAUGGUUUUAAUAAUACAAAUACACUUGCCUAUUUUCAAGACUUUUAUAAGUGACUUCCAUUCUUUUAGCCCAUAUUUGUGCCUUUUUACAUUAAUGCCAGAAUUUUUAUAUGCAACCUUUAAAAAAAGGUCUUUAAAUCGCCAAAGUUGACUAAUGAUUUUCUGUUUUAGUGGCCUUAGCAACUGUAGCUAUCAUUCUAUAAUUUUAAUUGUCCUUUGUGUUUUUUGAAACUGCACUAAAUUUUUGUUAAAAUUCAAGUAAAUACUCACAAGGGAAAUACUGUCAUGGCCAUGUGUGCAUUUCCAUCAUAAAGUGUGUUUUCCUCUCACUAGAAGUGUGAUUUUCUAUAAGUACUCUGACUUUAUUGUGUGAUGCCAAAUAAAAAUUUCUCAGGAUUUUAUUAGGUUGAAACAUAUGAAAUUGCCCACAUUUGACUAUUCUUGACUUUCAAAAUCUAUAGUUUCAUAUGGUCCACCCUAAUAGAUACCUCUGUUACCCUUUGAACCAAAUACUUAGAAGAUUUCAGAAUAUAUAUUUUUAAAGUAUGGAAAUGGUAUAAAACUUAUUUUUAUAGUCUUUUUCCUUUAUGGAAUUGUAUGUAAUAAUGCUUCAGGUUAUACAUUAAAUGUAAAGAUGUGUGAAUCCAUGAUUGUUUGACUUUACAGUUUCUUGAAUUGAAAAAAAAAAUCAGUUAAAUUUUCAAUAUCAGUAUGAUGUUAAAUGUCAGUAGUGCAUAGUGACACUGACGUCAUGAAUUCAAACAAUGCAUUUUAUAUUUGGUACUUCAUCAGACCAAUGCUCUGAAGCUAAGGAGAGGAGAAUUUUAAUAUCUAGAAAAGCUUUGGAAGUUCAUCAGGAAGUGAGGGGUAAACACAAUCAUUUGUUACAAUGAACCCUUUAUUGAGGAGGCUAUAAUGACCCCCAGCUCUUACUGCGCCAGAUGUAGCAUUGAUUAUUAUCUUGAACUUGCAGAGUUGCAAGAUUAUAUGCUCUUCCCCACCUUCUCAUCAUAAUUCUUCCAAUAUAAGGGGGAACCUGGCUUCUGAGAUUUAUGCUUUGGUGAGAAAGGCUCUUUUCUAGUAGUUCCAAGAGGGAAUUUUUGGCUUGCUGAUAUCUGACAAGUCUAAAUAAAGUCUGUUUAAGGGAGUCAUCUCUGUCAUUAUAACUUUAGCCCAAUUCACAAUACUGAAGUUUAGACAUGCAGAAGCAUCAUGUUACAGUUGUCUUGGAUAAUUAUAGAAUUAGAGCAUUUUUGAGCCCAAAGGUAUCCUAGAGAUACCAUCUUGUAGAAGCCCUGCUCCAUGGAAGGGGAUGCUAAGGAGAAAACUUGGCAAGAUGAGUUUCUAUAGCUUUUUCCCCUCCCUUAGUCCCAUGAUAAAGUAUGGAAAGUAAACCACUACUUAAGCAACACUAGGUAAAUUAACUCUCAGGGAACCCUCUCCCGAUUUUCUACCUUGCACAAUUAAAAAACCUCUGCAACCUUGAAAGUUAAAUCCCUUUGGACCUAUACACUACACACGUCUUAUUUCAACAAUGUGGUUUGAAUACUUGAAUAUCACAAUAUAUGACCAAGUUUGGAGAAAAUGUUUCUUCUCCCAACUUUUACAGGUUGUGAUUCUUAAACACUUUUAUAAUAUCCAAGGUGUGUAUACAAGGAUAUGUAUUGUAACACUUUUGGGUGCGUGUAUUUUGCAAAGAUUGUAGUUUCUAUAUCCUGAAAAGGUAAAUGUUUUCAUAAAUUGUUUUAUUU